AGCACACAGUGCGAGUCUAAAAUAACGUUAUAACCGUUCAUAACAGACUAAACACAAACUAACAAGACCGAAAACUAGGUUCAAUCCUACUUUGUUACUUACAAAUUCGCUAUUUAACAUUUUCGCUUUCGGAAAUUACCUUCGCCUGCCAUGAUUACCGUUGACAAGACGGUGGUUGUAAAGAACGUUUUCAUUGACGGAGACAGUUUACAUAUUUCAAACGUGCGAUAAAAUCCAAAGAGUACCCGAAUAUAAACAAGCAGCGAUGGCUCACGAGGAUUAUUUACCAAAUUCAAAUAAAUAACAACUGGUAAUCACUUAUUCAUGUACUUUAGUCCGCGUGGUAAUUGAUAUAACUGGCAAGAACUAUUGAAAGAACUUGUUGUAUACAGCGCAGCACAGUGAUGGAGAUGAAAUGUUGUUCAGACGUAAAGCUUUUAGUAUGUAUCAUCAUAGUUUUAUUCGGGAUGGGAUCCUGGAUUGCUAUCAAUGGAAUAUGGGUGGAGUUGCCCAUCCUUGUGGACCAGCUACCCGAGGGUUGGAACCUGCCCUCAUACAUGACUGUAGUGAUACAGAUUGCUAAUGUCGGACCUAUCGCGUACACUAUCUGGAGCUUUCUGAAUCCAAAGUCAUCCUUCGAGAAACCUGUUGUGCUACUGAUGGUAUUUGUCGGGUCUGCUGCCUCGUUGCUCCUUGCGUUUUUUUGGAUGGAGACGUCGGUGGUCGGAGGCGUGGAGCACAGCACGGCCUUGCUCAUACUCAUGUUUUUCUUGUCACUAGUUGACUGUACGUCAUCUGUCGUUUUCCUGCCAUUUAUGAACACAUUCAAACCUGGAUAUAUGACUUCAUACUACAUAGGAGAAGGAUUUAGUGGACUUGUACCUAGCUUAGUUGCUCUAGGUCAAGGUGUCGGGCAGGUCGAAUGUCAGAAUAAAAGUUCAGUAAACGCUACAUCCAACGUCACCGAAUAUUCUAUACAAGCAGUGUAUCUACCAUCAAAAUUUCCGGUGGAAGAUUUUUUCCUUUUCGUAUUCGCCAUGAUGGUUACAUGUGGAAUAGCAUUUAUAUUGCUGAACUAUAUGCACUACUGUAAAACCGAACAUGUCAACAACAAUAAGAAGAAUUUGUACGAAAUGGACAUUAACUCCACUGCUUCAAGUACUCAGAAAUUUGUCGAGACAACUGGCGAUGAAAAUAUUGACUUUCAAGGGAACAAAAGGUCUGAAAAUGAAGGAAUAUCGUCAAAGAAGAUGUCAACCACAGGCUAUCUGUAUUUUCUGUUUCUGAUAGCAUGGGUGAAUGCUUUGACAAAUGGAGUUCUGCCUUCAGUUCAGUCCUACGCGUGCCUGCCAUACGGGACUGAGUCUUAUCAUCUUGCCGUAACGUUGUCAAACAUUGCCAAUCCGGUUGCUUGUUUUAUCGCCUUCUUCCUGCCCGUCGGAUCUGCCGGAGUUAUAGGAUUGAUCUCACUUGUCGGCACUCUGGUUUCUGCGUACAUUAUGGUGUUGGCCGCCGGCAGCCCAACUCCGGUGCUUGUUGAAUCCAGCGCUGGUGGCAUAUUAGUGGUCAUUGCCUAUGUGGCGGUCUACUUAACCUUGACCUUUACUAAAGUUUCUGUAGCAACACUCUUCAGAUUUGAAGGAAGGAAAGGUUUGCUGUGGUGCGGUGCUAUAACUCAACUAGGAUCGGCCGUAGGAGCAGCUGUUAUGUUUGUCAUCGUGAACGUGAAUAGCUUAUUUCAACAAAAAUACCCAUGUACUUGAUAGUGAGAUCAGUCUAGACGUUCAUUUUAGUGAUUGAUUAAUUUUCAUAAUUUUGGUACAAAGAGGUGAACAAAUUUUAAGCAAAACGUAGACAGGUAUAAACUUUCACUUACGGCAUAUGCUCGUGAUCUUUAGUAGAUUUUUAGGUAUCAAAGAAUUGCAAAUGACUUAAUCAAAAUUGAACAUGAUGAUAUACUGUAUACGUAGUUAAGCGUUUACCGUCGCAGUCAAUAAAAUGGUAAUUAAUACAUUGUAUAUGAAUCUCUGUAUAGGCUCCAGAUAUAGUAGUUCUGGACGUCAAAUGUGGCAAGAGGAGCGGUUACACGUACCGCGGACUAAUAUUUUUGAAUACGUAGACCCGUCUAUUGAAUAAUCAUUUAAGUGUAAUACGGUUCCUUUAUAUAAUUUUGAUUCUUAAAUGUAUUUUAUAUAAAAUAGUGGAGCAAAUAUUUUAGCACUCUUUCCCGGUGCAUGUAUGGCGACAAUCGCAAAUAUGUUUAUACUGCCGUGUUUUGAUGAAAAUAAAUAUGUUUAUUUUUUCAUAUCAGAAUAUAAUUAUAUUUAUUUACAUUCCUCUAUCACAGAUCUGUAACAUUUAUUAACUUAGGUUGAAUGUUUAUAUAAUGUUUUAUUUAUGUAAGAUACUUUUUCUUUUUUGUCUUUCUAUCCUUUGAUAAUUGACCUAAUUUCUGGAUUAAACAUUGAUGUGCAUCAUGCAGAAUUAUAAACUGUUUUGCGACAGGAUUAUCCUUUUGGUAUUUGAGAAUCUCAUUUAUUUAAAAAAAAUAAUGACUUGUUUUCGGAAAGAAUGUGCAGUCAAGCACUAUUGCACCAAGACUAAAUUGACUGCCUUUUAUAAUAAUUGUUUUGUUAGUAUUACUCAAUAACAGAUUUUUCUACAUGUUCAUAUAAUGAGCCUGUCUCUAAUCAAGUUAGUUUUUAACCUUUAACAUGCUAAAUUUCUGAAAUGGACUGGUCCAUCAUUCAAUGUGGGCAAUACCAUUUAUCAUUCAAAGGGGUGUUCACUGAAAAUUUACUGACUGAAUAGCGAACAUUGCAGACCAUGAUCUUGGUCUUCACUGGUCGCAAAGGCAGAAUCAGUUGCAGCUAGCAGGCUAACAUUAGUUGAUUAUAGAUAUUUUCUCCAGAAACUCGGGGGCGUUUGUCAUUUUACUGCACUUUAUACAUUUAAUGGUCCAGAACGUAUAUGGAAAUCGAUUUGUUUAAGAAUUAUUUGCAUUUUUCAGCGUUAAGACGGGUAUAAACUGCACCAGGACUUCUUGCGAGUCCGUGAAUCGCGCUUGUGUUUAUAACGAUUCAUUCGCAACACAGUUAUGGCCCUGCGCCGUAUUAAAAUGAAUAUAUAUCUAAAAGGGUCUAAAAGUUUGUGCCGCAUAUAUUCGAAAGAGCGGUUGACCAAGGGUUAUGAAACAUUAUAGGAAUAUUAUUCAGCAAGUGAAGUUGUGCACCUAGAGAUUUCACUCGUGGAGACCAAAGUUAUAGCCAUUGAUUUGUCAGAAAUAUGCAUAAAAGGGCAUAAAAGUUGUGUCGCCUGCAUCUCAAAAACAUUUACCUAAGUGUCGUAAAACAUUACAGGCUUUUAAGUAUGAGUAUUAUCCAGCAUGUGAAUUUGUGCACUUGAGAUUUGUUUCGGAUUUCAUUCUGCAAGACCAGAGUUAUGACCCCUGACUUUAUCAAAAAUAUGGGUUAUGGUCGUAAAAGUAUUUGACCGAAAGUCAUAAAACAUAAGAGGAUUGUUAUGUAACAUGUGUUGUGCAUCUGGUGUUUUGUUUGGGAUUUCAUUCAGCCAGACUAGAGUUAUGGUUCUUGACGUAGUGAAAAUACUUUUGAAGUGCAUAGUCUGUGUUGCAUGUAUGUUUGAAAAUAUUUCACCAAGAGUGAUGAAACGAUGUUCAGUUAAAGGAAUGGCGGGGUCCAGUGUCCCAUCGACACGCAUCUAGUUUCUUUCUAUACAAAACAUAUAGCAAAUGUAAAUAUAUCAAAUUAAAUGUGUUUAGAUGUAUCCGUCGGCGCUUUGGUAAAGGCUAAUUACCAUCUACAUUAAAUUAUUUACAUGAAGAGAUCUUGGGUCUGACCAUAUAUAAUUAUGUUAAUGUAUAAAAGAUGUUAAUAGAAAACUGAGUUGCGUGAAAUCUUUGUUUUUGGAUUUACAGUAGAUUUUGUAUACAUGUAGUUGUUUACUUGUAUGAAUAUGAAUGCUAUGAAUUAGUCUAAAUUCUGUUAAUCUUCUCAUCCGAUUACGAUAGUUUUCUUUCACUUAUGUAUGUUGUAAUAUCUAUUGUUAUAUUUUCCUUGCCGGCAAACAAAGUGCGUGGGAUGAGCUAUUGUGAUCACUCACCAUCUGUUGUACGUACGUUUUCUGUUCGGAUGGAAGCCAUUUUCUACAAACAACGUCUCAUUUGAAACUGUCUUGUGUAAGGUGAUUAAGUUCUUCGGGUAGGUUCUUUUCCGAGUUGUUCAAAGAAUUCCGCAAACAAUCACUUAAUCCGAUUUUGAAAUACUAAUUUCCACUGGGUCAAACUUUAAAUACAUUGGAUUCAUCAAAAAACAUGGCCGCUAUUAUAUAUAUUGUAUCCCAUUAUACAAUGGGAACUUUCAGAUAUUCUUGUCAGAAACUUCGUACCCGAUUUUGAAAUAACCUCACAAAUAAUUAAUGGAUGACCCUGUCAAGAUUUCUAAAAUUAUUCUGAUGGCUUCCAGAGGGCGUGGUCACUUUUUCAUAUAUGGUUUUGUAAGAAAUAGGAACAUGGGACCUUCCUUCGAUAGUCGCCAUAUGACCUAUGCAUGCAAUUGUGUCGGUGUGACGUUAAACCCAAGGAAGAAAGAAGAACUAAAAGAGUGAAUUGUACUUGCUCCCAACUGAUAUAAUUGGGAAAACCAUUUAUUCCAAUUUUAUUUAUUAAAUGCAUUAUGACAUCUUCUGGUAUUUUUUUGGCCCCAAACCAUUUCAUUUAUGACAAUUUAUCAAUAACUUAAUUUAUUUUACAAAACGAUUAUGUAUAGAGAUAAAAUUUCAUUUAGUUUGUUUAUGAUUAUGGGAUUUUAGUUAUUGAAUAGGUCACUAUUUACUUAACACAUAUUUCAAAGACUCUUCUUAAUUUCUAAUUCUAAUUAAAUAACCUCUUUUCAUGAACGGCUGGAUUAAUCUUCGUCAAACUUGAUCUGUAGCAUCAUAUUAUAUGAACCUCUCCCAAUUUUGUUAAAAUUGGGGAGUUUGGCCGCUUUUAUGGGCCAGUUGAGCUUAAAAUAGAAAUACCUGUAAGUUACUUCUUCUCAUGAACCGCAUAAUGGCUUUUCAUCAGACUUGGUCUGUAGGAUCGUUAGGUAUUCUCCCAAUUUAUUCAGAGUGGAGCGAUUGGCCCAUAGAGCUUAAAACGGAAAUACUUUUAAAUUAACUUUUCUCAUGAACUGUCAGAUGGAUCUUCACUAAAUUGUCUGUAGCAUCAUCAAGGUUCUUUCCCAAAAGUUCAAACGGAGGCGAUUGGUGCCUUUUAAGGGCGGCUAUAGCUUAAAACAGAAAUAUUUUUCGACAACCUUUCGAGAACUUGGUCCGUUGCAUCACUGUACGGCCUGCUUUCCACUUUGUUCAUAUGGGGGCACUUGACCCCUUUUAGGAGUCGACUUUUCAUGAACGGCCUGAUUGAUCUUCACCACACUUGGUCUGUAGCUUCAUUGUAAGGUCCUCUUCCAACUUUGUUCAAAUUGGGGCACCAAGGGGUCAUUAGAGUUAUAUAUAGAAAUACUUUAAACAACUUCUUCUCAUGAACCACUGAAUGCAGAUAACCAUUAUAAACAGACCUUUAAAAACACCCACUGCCUCCUUCAGUGGUGUUUUUCCCCACCCAAUAUUAAAGAGGCAUGAAGCAUAUAGCUUGUCAUCUGUCAUACUAAUUCAUGUAAACUUCUACUGCCUCUAGAACUUUCUGUGGUCCUCUUUCAGAGUUGCACACUCUAGCCUAUUUCAGCUCCGAAACUCUGUGAGCGAUCUAGGGCCAUCAUGACCCUCUUGUUUCUUUUAUUUGUUUCAAGCUUUGGCAAUGAUAUACAUUUUGUAUAACCUCAUUGUGUGUAAAAGUUUGAGGUUAUGUUUCAAAUAGAUCUAUAUACUCAGUCUUUCCCAUGUGGUUUUCGUUUUUACAAUGUCGCAAGGAGAGCAAGUAGUACUCCAGACAUCUGUGUUAUUUGUUCGUACUAAACGUCAUCUCAACGCAAAGAGAAGAUAACUGCUAUUGACAUUAAAAAAGAGUUGUCCGUUUUUUUGGCUCCGAGAUGACGUUUUUUUCUUUUCAGCUUUAGUGAUCGCCCUGUGUCCGUCGUCCGUCGUCGUCCGUCCGUCCGUCCGUCGUCAACAAUUUGACUGUUAACACUCUAGAGGUCACAUUUUUGGCCCAAUCAAUGAAACUUGGUCAGAAUGUUACCCUCAAUAAAAUCUUGGACGAAUUCGAUAUUGGGUCAUCUGGGGUAAAAAACUAGGUCACCAGGUCAAAUCAAAGGAAAAGCUUGUUAACACUCUAGAAGUCACAAUUUUGGCUCAAUCUUUAUGAAACUUGGUCAGAAUGUUACCCUCAAUAAAAUCUUGGACGAGUUCGAUAUUGGGUCAUCUGGGGUCAAAAACUAGGUCACGGAUCAAAUCAAAGGAAAAGCUUGUAAACACUCUAGAGGUCACAAUUUUAGCCCAAUCUUAAUGAAACUUGGUCAGAAUGUUACCCUCAAUAAAAUCUUGGACGAGAUUGAUAUUGGGUCAUCUGGGGUCAAAAACUAGGUCACCAGGUCAAAUCAAAGGAAAAGCUUGUUAACACUCUAGAGGUCACACUUUUGGCCCGAUCUUAAUGAAACUUGGUCAGAAUGUUACCCUUAAUAAAAUCUUGGACGUAUUCGAUAUUGGGUAUCUGGGGUCAAAAACUAGGUCACCAGGUGAAAUCAAAGGAAAAGCUUGUUAACACUGUAGAGGCCGCAUUUAUGACUGUUUCUUCAUGAAACUUGGUCAGAAUGUUAAUAUUGAUUAUCUUAAGGUCCAAUUUGAAUCUGGGUCAUGUAGGAUAAAAAAACUAGGUCACCAGGUCAAAUCAAAGGAAAAGCUAGUUUACACUGUAGAGGCCACAUUUAUGACCUUAUCUUAAUGAAACUUGGUCAAAAUGUUAAUAUUGAUGAUCUAUAGCUCAAGUUUAAAUCUGGGUUAGGUGGGUUCAGAAACUAGGUCACCAGGUCAAAUCAAAGGAAAAGCUUGUUAACACUCUAGAGGCCAUAUUUAUGACUGUAUCUUCACGAAACUUAGUCAGAAUGUUAAACUUGAUGAUCGUUAGGAUAAAUUUGAAUCUGGGUCAUGUCGGGUCAAAAGCUAGGUCACCAGGUCAAAUCAAAGGAAAAGCUAGUUAACACUGUAGAGGCCACAUUUAUGACCAUAUCUUAAUGAAACUUGGUCAGAAUGUAAAUCUUGAUGAUCUUUAGAUCAAGUUUAAAUCAGAGUUAGAUGGGGUCAAAAACUAGGUCACUAGGUCAUAUCAAAGGAAAAGCUUGUUAACACUCUAGAGGCCACAUUUAUGACUGUAUCUUCAUGAAACUUAGUCAGAAUGUUAAUCUUGAUAAUCUUUAGGUCAAGUUCGAAUCUGGGUCAUGUCGGGUCAGAAACUAGGUCACGGGGUCAAAUCAAAGGAAUAGCUAGUUAACACUUUAGAGGCCACAUUUAUGAUCAUAUCUUAAUGAAACUUGGUCAGAAUGUUAAUCUUGUUGAUCUUUAGGUCAAUAGGUCAGGUGAGCGAUACAGGGCCUUCAUGGCCCUCUUGUUUCAGUUUGUGUUAUAAAUCAAUUGGGUAUGUAUUUAAUGUUUGAUUGAACAGGUGGUUUGAAAAUCGUUGUAUACUAUGUGUUUACUUAGAUGUGAAAUUUACAAAAUAUGCUUUGGUCUAUUACGGGAUAUUGCUUCUUUAUUGUAAUAAAAUCAAAAUCGUUAA